AUGAAUGAGCUGCAAGCGCUUCCGUUCUGGCAUCCAGGACGGUAUGUGCACACGACUCAGUUUGAUGCCAUCUUCUGCGGCGUUAUUUUAGCAAACACGGUUGUGAUGGCGCUGCAGAUGCAGUACAAUGGCUUGCGUCGUGGGUACGUGUUGGGUGCUCCUCACUUCGAUGUCGAUGCCAGCGAAUACUGGCCGCAAGCACCACUGGCUUUCCUGAUUUUGGACUGGGUCUUUGGGAUCACGUAUUGCUUGGAGCUGAUCAUCAAGCUUGUAGGCUUCAAAAGGCGCUUUUUCUUGGAAUGGUGGAAUUGGUUCGACGGAGCUAUUGUCAUGAUGUGGCUUGUGGAAGUUGGCCUAAAAUCUGUCAUUACCAUGGAGCCUGCAGUUCUCCGCAUGAUGAAGAUGGCACGACUCCUUCGGCUAAUCCGCUUGGUAAAGACAAUUCAAGGCUUUGAUGCAUUGUACAUCAUGACGACGGCUAUGCAGGGCAGUGCCACAUGCUUGUUUUGGUCCUUCAUGUUGCUCACCACGGUGCAGAUGAUGAUUGCAUUCUUCCUGAACGAGUCCCUGGAGAUAUACUUCUUGGAUGAGACCAAACCCGCAUCAGAAAAGUUGGAGGUUUUCGAGUACUUUGGCACUACCGCAAGAGUCAUGCUCACCAUGUUCGAACUCACUUUGGCGAAUUGGCCGACAGCUGCUCGUAUCUUGCAGGAGAACGUCACAGAAUUCUACUCACUCUUCUCUGUGUCCUACAAGUUGAUCGUUGGCUUUGCCGCGGUCGGAAUUAUCAACGGUGUCUUCAUGCAAGAAACUUUCAAAGUGGCAGCGUCCGAUGACAAACUCAUGAUGCGGCAGAAGGAGCGAGAUCGGUCGCUGCACACGAAGAAGAUGAGGACACUUUUCGCGGCAGCUGAUGAAUCGGGAGAUGGCUUUAUCGAUCGGCAAGAAUUCUGCGAAAUCAUGAACAUACCAGAAGUGAGGACCUGGCUGGCGGCCCAGGAACUUCCCGUUCGUGACCCGAAUGUAUUGUUCAGUCUGCUUGAUGAUGGGGAUGCCGAGCUUACCGCCGAAGAGCUAGUCAAAGGCGUCGAACGCCUAAAAGGAACUGCCAAAGGCAUUGACCUGGCUGCUUUCAUAGCUGAAUAUCGCAGCUUCGCUACGAAAGUCGCCGAAAAGAUGGAUAUCACGCUGGACUUCCCAUUGCCGAAGACGGAUGAUGAUGACGAUGACGACGAUGAGGGGGAGGAGGAGGAAGAGAAGAAGGAAGAAAAGAAGGCAGAGUGA